AUGGCAACUGCGCCAAUAGCAGAUAACUCUCCUAAAUCCUUAUUAAAAGGUGAAAAAGAUAAACAUGAAGAGAAAUCAGAAAAGAAAUUGACCAUUCUCGAAUCACAUGGUUACACUCUUGGUAAAACAAUAGGUGCUGGAUCAUAUGCUACUGUAAAAAUUGCAAAAUCUGAUCGACAUGAUUGUCAAGUAGCAGUAAAAAUUGUUUCAAAGUUCCAAGCUCCCGGCGAUUAUUUAAAAAAAUUUUUACCUCGAGAAAUUGAAGUUGUCAAAGGUUUAAAACACCCAAAUUUAAUUCGUUUUCUUCAAGCAAUCGAAACAACCCAUCGCGUUUAUAUUAUUAUGGAAUAUGCUCAAUGUGGUAGUUUAUUGGAUAUGAUAAGACGCGAUACAUUUAUUGAUGAAUUGCGUAGUCGUCGAUGGUUUCGGCAAUUAUUAGAAGCUAUCGAUUAUUGUCAUGGACGUGGUGUAGUACAUAGAGACGUCAAAUGUGAAAAUCUUCUAAUGGAUCAGAAUUUCAAUAUUAAAUUAUCUGAUUUUGGAUUUGCACGUGGACAGAUGAAACCGAAAAACGGUGUAGCUGCAUUAAGUGAAACAUUUUGCGGGAGUUACGCAUAUGCGUCACCAGAAAUAUUGAAGGGUGUGCCAUAUUUACCUCAACUGUCUGAUGUAUGGUCCAUGGGUGUAGUACUUUAUGCAAUGGUUUAUGGUCGACUACCAUUUGACGAUGCAAAUUAUAGUCAACUCCUAAAGCAAGUACAAAAUAAAGUUGCAUUUCCUAAAGAACCUAAUGUAUCUCAAGCUUGUCGUUCACUUAUCUCACGAAUACUAGUACCGCAACGACUUCGGCUGGAUAUCGAUCAUAUAAGAAAUGAUGUAUGGCUUGCUGCAUCUGUUGUUACAGUACAAACCUCUACUACUGACAUUUUAACGGAUAUUCCUAUAAUACCAAAUGUAAAAAAAAUCGCAAGUAAAAAGGACAAAAGAACAAAAAAAUAUACAACUGACAUUGGAGCACAAAUCAUCGACGUUCGGUCAUCUGAUUUAAGCAUCCCAAAUGAUAAUAACAACAAAUAUCGAUCUUUCAAAUAG